CUCGGUGCCCAGACGAGCGUAUCUGUCGCUUCUGCGAAAGAGUGCGUUCAGCUGUCAAUAUUCACCCGCUGCCUCCAUAUCAGGAACAAUGUACAGGCUAUCGUGAUCAAAAGUAGUCAUUCACUGAAUAUCUGAAGCGCCGCUUUUGUUUGUAUUUGCACAUUCGGUGUGGUGCUCUGCAUUUACAAUGUGUAAGCGCGUGCAUUUUAGCCACUGGACUGGCGUCUCAGGCGCAGUGAAAUACUGUUUUUAUCUUUAUCUGAUUUCUUUUCAUCUCUGUUUGAAGUGCAUGGUGUGUGGACAGCAAGUAUAUGUUGAGGAUGGGUCGCAGUAUCAUCAGACGUUCAGACCUGACCAUAUAGAGCGAUAUGAAAUUACGUAUCCCACGUGGAAAUCUCCGGCAAGAAACGUCACUUCUUCCACCGACAAGCACCUCCCAGAGGCUGAGGUCAGCAUUACUGCAGAGGGAGAAGAGCUGGUUCUUCAGCUGCACAAGAAUGAGCAGCUGUUUGCCCCUGGAUUUAAGGAGACGUGGUACAGCCCCAGCGGGGUGCAGCACACCUCUUCUCCCCCCAGCUCGGAGAACUGUUUUUACCAUGGUGUGGUCAGAGGUGACGAAGGCUCAAGUGUGGCUGUCAGCACUUGUGGAGGACUGAAGGGCAUGAUCACGGUCAACAGCAGCGUGAGCUACCUCAUCGAGCCGCUGCCCAAUCGGACGGAGACGCAGGAGCACGCAGUCUACCGCGCGGAGAGCCUGAAGCUGAGGAGGGGGACCUGCGGGCAUCGCCAUGGCAGCCAGGCGGAUGGACUGGAUGAUCUCAUCAGCGGGAUGGCACAGUCGCACCACGGUGGCAGGGAAAAGAGGGAUGCCAGCCAGAACAUGAAAUACGUGGAGCUCAUGGUGGUCGCUGAUAAUGCAGAGUUCCAGAAGCACGGCCGUGACUACGAGAGGACCAAGAUGAAGCUGCUGGAGGCGGCGAACUACGUGGACAAGUACUACAAGGCCCUGAACAUCCGCGUGGCCCUGAUCGGACUGGAGAUCUGGACGGACCAGGACAAGAUCAGCGUGACCGACAAUCCCUACAGCACUCUGGGUGCCUUCCUGGCCUGGAGACGCAAGCAGCUACCACACCUGCCCAACGACAACGCCCAGCUUGUCACGGGAAUAUCCUUCCAGGGCACAACCAUCGGGCUGGCGCCUCUCAAAGCCAUGUGCUCCGAGUACCAGUCAGGGGGUGUCAACUCGGACCACUCAGACAGCGCUGUGGGGGUGGCCGCCACCAUGGCCCACGAGAUGGGGCACAAUUUCGGGAUGAACCACGACAGCGCUGGAUGCUGCCUCACCAAGCCGGACGAUGGAGGUUGCAUCAUGGCGGCCGCAACAGGUCACCCCUUCCCACGCGUGUUCAACCACUGCAACCUGAAGGAGCUGCAGCGCUACCUGACGUCAGGCGGGGGGAAGUGCCUCUUCAACCCCCCCAACACGCGGGCCAUGUACGGGGGCCAGCGCUGCGGCAACGGCUACCUGGAGGAGGGGGAGGAGUGCGACUGUGGGGAGGUGGAGGAGUGCUCCAGUCCAUGCUGCAACGCCAAUAACUGCACCCUGAAGGUGGGCGCUGAGUGCGCCCACGGAGUUUGCUGCCACAACUGCAAGCUGAAGAGCCCCGGGGUUUUGUGCCGCCCGCCCUCGGGGUCAUGUGACCUGGCGGAGUACUGCGACGGGAAGUCGGAGUCCUGCCCUGCUAAUUUCUACCUGGUGGACGGGACCUCCUGUGCCAGGGGCCGGGCCUACUGCUACACCGGCAUGUGCCUGACCCUGGAACAGCAGUGUCUGUCACUCUGGGGACACGAUGCGCGGCCCGCCCCUGACCUUUGUUUUAAGAAGGUGAAUGAAGCGGGGGACCCCUAUGGGAACUGUGGCAAAGACCUCAUGGGGAAGUACAGGGGCUGCAAAGACAGGGAUGCCAAAUGUGGCAAGAUCCAGUGCCUGAGUGCUGCCACCAAACCCAUAGAGACCAACGCCGUCUCCAUCGACACCAACGUGCACCUGGGCGACCGAAAGAUCCUCUGCAGGGGCACCCACGUGUACCGGCCCGGCCAAGAGGAUGACAACCAGGGGGACACGCUGGACCCGGGCCUGGUGAUGACCGGAACCAAGUGUGGGGAGAACGGGAUCUGUUUUGGCGGAGAGUGCCGGAACGCUUCCUUCCUGCGAGCGGAUGAGUGCAACGCCAAGUGCCAUGGUCACGGGUUUUGCAACAAUAAUCACAACUGCCACUGCAACAUCGGCUGGGCGCCACCCUUCUGUGACCAGAUGGGGACAGGUGGCAGCGUGGACAGCGGACCCGUCAUCAGUCAAAGCAGCCUACUUCCUGUCCUCUUGCUCCUCCCCCUGCUUCUGUUCCUGGGAUUGGCCGCUGUGGCACUGUGGUGUUGUUACAAGCACCGGUCCCGCCCCGAGAAGAGCCCCGCCCCUCCACCACCACCAAUGCCCGCCCCUGCAGAUGUCAAAGCUUCUGCUCACGGUCAUGCCAACCCCACCUUCAAGCUGAAGAGGCAGGACUCCGACAGGCUGGCCGGCGCUCGGCAAAGCCCGUCCUGCCCCCCCCGGGCGCGCCACUCCAUCGUGCGCCCCACCGUAAAGCCCCCUCCUGUCCCGGCAUAUGCGGUGCAGCAGCAGGGCCAACAGCCCGACCCGCCCAAGCCGCCCCCCGGCCCCAAGCCCUCCCUCCCCACCCCGCCGAAACCGCGGCCAGCCCCGCCGAGCAGACCCCCACCCCCCUGCCCCUCUCCCAGACCCGGCCAGGAGUUGCAGCGUAAAACCAGUCCUCAGGUAUCUACACAUUCGACUCAGAGCAGCGAGCCCACACUGAACCACAAGAGACCGAUGAUGCCCCCUACAGGACAUAUACCCAAUGUCAGGUUUCAGAAUGAAGUGAGCGGGAACAGCUGAACAGCAGAAUUGAGCCCCACGGAAUUAUGGGUACUGGCUGUUGUACCAGGUACACAGAAGACAUCCCACCACAGAAUGCAGAGUGAUAAUUCCACUGUAGAACAGGGGAGACUCCACGGCUAUAGUGCUAUACCUGCCUUAUUUACUUGAAAUCAGAGGUUGUGUAUACCUGUGUUGUUUAAUGUUUGCUAAAAUCUCAAGAUUUUUUUCAUAAAAUGGUACCAAUCUCAGUUUGUCAUAUGCUGGCACAUUGUGUGGUGAAAGUGACAUUUGAGUCUAUUUAUUCUCGAGGCAUUCAAAAAUGACUAAAAGAAAAGUGAUAUAUAUAUACAUAUAUAUACCAGUAUUGUGUUUCCAUAAAGCAUGAGUCUGUAUAAGUGUCUUAUAUUAAGAAAAAACAGUGCGUAGAUAAUGAUUGCACGAAGAAGUAACUUGAGGAGCUGCCCUGUAUGGAUUUAUACAGGGAAGUCUAGACACAUGGAGUCCCCAUGCAUGCAGUAUACUGUAGUCUGAGGUGAGAGACCAGGCUCCUUCCUGCUUACUAGCAAUACCUUGCCGGCUGUGAUAUUGAAGGGAAAUGUUUUUUAUUUUCAUCUCGCAUGAUUUUUGUCGAUGUUUUAUUUUCUAUUAAACCAGCUGUCAUGUCCUUGGUCAGCUGUGCUGCCCGUUCAAACCAGCCCUGAACUGCAGGACUGUUCAGGCGCAGGACUGAUUGAGGUGCUAAACUUUUGAGUUUCGGUGCAUUAUUUGUCCCCGCUGUGGACAGCGUUUUGCUUGCACUUGCGGUGCUACUUAUGUCCAGCAGUGGGCACCAGACAUCCACUAUCUGCUAGGGUGUUACUGCUUUCCAAUUUAUGGCUGGAAGACUCUGGGCAAUGUACCUUUCAGAUAAUGGUGACCAAAAAACUAAAGGGGAGAGACAGGACUUGUUGUUUUUCUUUUUUUCAUAUUUAUCCUAAAAUUGUUUUUGAUUGUUUUGCAAUCUCUGUUUUAAUCAUAAUUAUUAAGUUCAACCAAACCUUGUACUGAUGAAACAUAUUUGAGGCAGUCAUAUUAGACAUAAUUACGUAAAAAAAAAGAAACAGCUGCUAAUGGGAAAUCCGUAAUACAAUUAGUGGGGUUUGUCAACCGUAAAUAUAAACGUAAGUUUGGUGCUUCCCCUAUUUGGAGCAGCUAUCACAUCGCCAGAAUCGGGUACACCAGAAUCACCGGAAGGGAACGAAACUGGGAUGUUACCAGUGACUGAAAAGGUUGAAAGCAGCAGAGAUCAGCUGGGCCAAAGGGACUUCCAGCUCAGAGCAAACCAAUGUGCCAAACAGCUGCACAACACACAACUGCCCUGCGUUUUCAUUUGUAACAGAAAAGUCAUUUUCCCGAGAAUUUCUCUUGAAACGUGUCUUCCGUGGGUUCGUUGCUAUUUUACAUUUAAUAAGCUUUGGCAGUCGUUUCAGUUUAUGUUUUGUUUUUUUGUUUUUUUGUGGUUGACACGCACAUUUGUCACGAAAUGGAAAUGGACAAAAAAAGCUGUCCAGGUGCAGUACUUGGAAAACAAGGAGAAGUGCACUGUGUGUCACAGGAAAACACACAGUUAGACCGAGACAAAAGGGAGACUAGACAGUGCACGUGGUUCUGUUGAUAUCACAUCUUCCAUGCAACUCCAUGUACGCAGAGCUGUCAUGUGCUGUCAUCGCUAAUGUGAAAUAGACACAAUGUUGUUUCCGAAUGUCAUAUUCCGUAGCGUUGGAAUCCUUGAACAAAAUAGUGAAUAUAUUACAUACAUAUAUAUGUAAUUGGUGCUGACAGUUAAACACAUAGAUCGAUAGAUAGAUAUAGACAGAUAGAUAGAUAGAUACAUAGAUAGAUAGUGUCCUCCACCCUGAGUAGGAAAACAUUAAACAUGCACAAAAAAAUGUGAUAAUUUUUUCUGCUUAAUUUUUAAGUUCCACUUAAUCUUCAUAACUUUAACCUUGACAACAUUGUGAAGAAUAUGUAAUUUUCACAAAUCAUGAUCAUCAUAAUUUUAUUCCAGAAAACUUAAGGGUCAGAUUUGUUCAGACCCUUAUUAUUUGUACUUUAUUUCUCCCACUCAUAACUUUAAUGAGGUACUGGCACUUCAAUGUUCAAUUGGACUGAAUUAUGCAAAUUGAGAUGAUUAGUUCAGCAUAUUUACUUUGUGUUCAGUUAAUCAUUUCCUAAUCAUUGUCAUCCUGUAAUGUACAUUAUCAGCCAAGUCUGUCAUUGUUGGCCAAAUUGUCUUGGUACAUGUUGGAGUUCAUACUCCCUUUAUCUCCAAGACCAGUACAUACAGAACAACCCAAGACACGAGAAACACCCUUUUUCCUUUUUUCACCCUUUUUUCGUGGUAUGCGUUUGUUUGCAACAUCAGCUUCACCUUUUCAUGCCAAACAUGAAGCUAAGUUUGUCCAAAAGGCUGAAUUUUACAGUACAUCUCAUCUGACCAUGAGACAUGGUUGCAGUUUCCAUUCAAGUUUUUCUUUCACCGCAUGUUUUUUGUUCCUAUUUAGUCAGUGGUAUUAAUAAAUAUGGAGGGCACUAUAGGUGUUUGC